AUGCAAGUAGCCAUCGCGGGCGUCGGUGCUCUCGGGCACCAUAUUCUACGCGCAAUUCUCGCACAAGGGAAACAUUCGGUGACCAUCUUGACACGAGGAGAACCCCGCUCUACCGACCCGCGCAUCACAUGGCGUAAAGUCGACUAUAGCGACAAGUCCUCGCUGGAGGCGGCGCUCCGUGGUAUCGAUACAUGUAUAUCGACCGCAGCAGGCUUCGACGACAAAACAUUCGCGGAGGGCCAGAUAAGAUUAGUCGACGCAUGUAUUGCAGUAGGUGUUCGCCGGUUCGUGCCAUCAGAGUUCGAGCUCGAUCCGCACGUCCGCAAAGAUCGCUACCCUUCUUCGGUUGCGAAGCGGAAAGUACUAUCCCACCUUGCCACGCCGGCAGUUCGAGAGAAGAUCCAGUGCACGCUAUUUACACAGGGGGUCUUUUAUGAUUAUUACUCGCCGAUGACUGAGGAUGGGAAGAGGCAUGUGAGUAGCGAAUGGCUGGCGCCGAUUGGGUUUGACAUAGUGGUUGAUCUGAAGAACUGUCGCGCGGAACUUGUGGAUGGGAUGGAGGAGAAGAGAAUGCGGUGCACGGCGAUUGAUGAUGUUGGGAAGUUUGUGGCCAAGGCUUUGGAGCUGGAGGAGUGGCCGGAUCAGUUUACGAUAUCUGGGGAGAAUCUUACUUGCAAGGAACUUAUUGGGAUUUGUGAGAAGGUGAGAGGAAAACCAUUCGAAAUCAAACGCAUAUCAGUUGCAGAUAUGGAAAGCAAAAUAGAGGAGGCAGAGAAAGCGAACGACAUGAUCGGAACAUACAUAUGGACGACACCCCUUCGUAUCCUCGAGGGAGACUUUUGGUGGGACGACAAAACUGCACAGGGAGUAGAUAUCAAAACCGUUUUUCCAGACGAGAAAUUUGAAUCCCUGGAAGGAUUUUUGUCAAAAUGGUGGUGA